GAGCAUGCGGGAUUGCUGGGAAUUGGGAUCAUUGGGAUUUCCUUGCCUUAUGGAUUGCCUGCUGGUUGCUGCUGCGUGAUAUUAAUUGAUAAUGGGAAAUUUGAUCGCAGUCCGAACAAAAUUUUUCUUAACGAGUAAAAGAAACAUUCUGUAGAGUGUACACAUAUCCCAAAUUUUGGUGUUGGUGGUCGGGGUUUGAGGUUGGUGAUCAACCUGUCAAGUAGUACAUACAGUGGAAAGUCGCGAACCAGGCGAAAUGGAUCAAAUAAAGAUCCCCAAGGUGGAAAACGUUAGGAUCUUAGAUAAAUACAGUAACAAUCAUUUGAUCGGUACGCUCUUUUUAACCGUGACGCAUCUGGUAUUCACCGAAAGAAGCGGAAAGAAAAAGAUCUGGGUGUUGUACACCCAUAUAGCGAGUAUAGAAAAGCAACCGUUAACAACGACAGGUUCCCCGUUGUGUAUCAAGUGCAAGCAUUUUUUUAUCGCGACAUUCGUAAUUCCUAAAGAGAGAGAUUGCCAUGACAUAUACCUUACUUUGACAAAGUUAUCUUGCCCAGCAAGCCUGAAAGAUCUUUACUGUUUCAAGUAUCAGGCGAGCAAGGACACUUUGCCGCAGCAUGCAGGAUGGAAUUUUUUCAAUGUGCAAAGCGAAUUUCAAAGGCAAGGCGUCCCGAACGAAGAUUGGUCAUUGACGUAUUUGAAUACAAAUUACGAGCUUUGCGACACUUAUCCAAAGUACCUGUACGUGCCUAGCACGAGUACCAAUGGCGUUUUAGUGGGCAGCGCAAAAUUUCGAAGUAGAGGAAGACUACCGGUUCUGACGUAUCUCCAUUCGAACAAGGCUGCUAUCUGCCGAUGCAGCCAGCCGUUGUCGGGAUUCAGUGCACGAUGCCCCGAGGAUGAACAAAUGAUGUACAAUAUCUUACGUACAAAUAGCAACUCGAAAUAUAUGUACGUUGUAGAUACACGACCGCGCAUAAACGCUUUCGCCAACAAAGCCGCGGGAAAAGGUUACGAGAACGAGAACUUUUACGAUAACAUAAAAUUCCACUUCUUUGGCAUUGAAAAUAUUCACGUGAUGAGAACAAGCUUGAACAAAUUGAUAGAACUUCAAAGGACGACGUCGAUCAGUGCAUUUCUAACCGGUCUGGAGAGUAGCGGAUGGUUGAAACACAUACGAUCCAUUUUGGAGACUGCUUGGUUCAUCGCCAGAGCGGUGUCGAACGGAGUCAGCGUGGUGGUACAUUGCAGCGACGGUUGGGAUCGUACCGCUCAAGUGUGCUCGCUGAGCGCUUUGUUAUUGGACCCGUUUUACAGGACGAUCCAAGGAUUCCAAGCACUGAUCGAGAAAGACUGGUUGUCGUUCGGGCACAAAUUUAGCGAUCGCUGCGGCCACGUGAGUUCCGACAGUAAAGAGCUGGCGCCAAUUUUUACCCAGUUCGUAGACGCAACGUACCAGCUGUUGCAACAAUAUCCCCACAAGUUCCAAUUCAACGAAUUGUUUCUAUUGACUCUUCACGAUCACGUGCACAGUUGCGAGCAUGGCACUUUUAUCGGAAACUCGGAGAAAGAAAGACAGAUGCUCAGGGUAUCGGAAAAGACGUAUUCUCUGUGGGGACACAUAGCGAACAAUAUGCACGAAUAUAUAAAUCCUCUGUUCAAAUGCAAUCGUUUCGACUCGGAGCAGGAGGCCGUUCUUCGACCUAAAUUGGCACCGCAGUGCAUAAAUUUAUGGCGGGGCAUGUAUUUUCGCUUCGAGAACGGUAUACAUCCGAGAGAAACGUACGAAGAUUUCAUUCUGGUGAUGCACGACCAUACCAGUUGCCUGGAAGAUCACGUAAAACUUCUCGUAAAGAGAGUCAAUUCACUGAAUUCCAUGUUGAAUUUAAACAACAUGCUGCAGCAGCAGAAGAAGGGUGUGCAGGGGAAAUUGUUGAAGUUCGAUUCGAACAAAUUCAAUGAGGACUCGUUGUCUGAGCGAACGCUCAUAGAAAAUUCGACGAAUCACGGGGAGAGGAGCAAGUGCAAAAUAAAGAUCAGUCAACUAGAGAACGAACUGAAAACGGUCGCGUUAGACUGGAAAUUGUUACGGAACAUAGAGGAAUGCGCGUGUUCGACCACGUUCGACGCGUUUAACGGGAAGCAUCACUGUUGGUCGUGCGGACAGGUGCUGUGUACGAGAUGCAUGGGUGCACACACCGUUCUCGCUGGACACCAUUCCCAGCGCGCCGUCCCUACCUGUAAGUCAUGUCUUCCACAGAAUUCCACUGUUCCUUCUACUAGUCCUUGAAUUUCCGUAUUUUCGUACUCCUUCGUGAACGACAACUGAACGUACGCGAGAUGUACUCGAGAUUCGCGUAUAACGCGAGUGUCUGUCUACGACGUUCACGUGCCACGUAACCACGGGGGCUGGUAAUUUUCAACAACAGUUGUCUCUCUCUCUCUCUCUCUCUCUCUCGCUCGCUCGCUCGCUGAGUUGAAUCAGUUGAUACGAAGGGGAUUAUAUGUGUUUUAUAUCUUUCUUUUUCAUUUUAUACUAUAUACAUAGAUAGCUCGCUCGAGUCAAAGCACGUCCCGGAGCAAACGAUACAUUACAGGCACGUAACAGACUGCUACGAAUAAAAAAACACCUUGAUUUCAAUGGUCAAAUAGCGAUAUUAUAUAAUGAUAGUAGUAAUAGCAGCAGCAGCAGCAGUAGCAGUAGCAGCAAUAACGACAACAAUAAUAUUCUAUACGUUUCAAUAUACGAUGGUCCGCGACGAGACUGCUUCGACGACGUUAAGCGAAUUUUUCGUUCCUUUAGUUUGUCUAUGAGAAUUUCAACAAGAAUGAAAAUCAUGAGAUAAGAGUACGAACGAGAAGAGAUUUUUCACACAAUGUACCCGUUUAAUUAAACGUAUACAAAUGUGUCUGUAGCGGACAUAUGUAUCGUUACAUAGGUAUGUUGAAAAGUUUCUUGGAAACUCAAUGGUUAUAAAUAAUACGAUAUAUCGUACGGUACCUGACAUUAUCUCAUUCACAAUGUAGUACACUUUAUUAAGACAAAGAUUAAGAAACACAUUGCUUAAAAAGUAUCGUAGAUAUUUCGGUGGUUCGACGAUAUCACGAAUGCUCAUGGAAUAAUAACUAAUAACUGUAACGUGUAACAAGUUCUAUACGGUGUGACACGUUCAAGAGUAUCGUACGCGACAUGACUCACAAACUGUCUAAGGAAAAAGAAUAAUCCGUUGUUGUACAGAAACGUUGUGAAUAAAUCUAUUCUAUUCGGUUCA